UUUUGAAAAUAUGUUUGUUUUAAUAAUACGGUCUUAAAAGAAUUUUUAAAACUAGUUAGUUCAUCACGGUUUUGGAGAUCAGGCAAGAAGUUUUGGAAUUCUCAACCAAACGGAUCGUUAAUUUCUAAUUAUGCUCCAGCCUCCAGCUCCACUGCAAGUUUGUAAAUAUUUUCCUCCAUUGCGAGGAAAACUGGUUGUAAAAUUUCAGUCUCUUUUUUUUUUUUUUUUUUUUUGGUUUGGUAGACAUGCUGAUGCAAUAAAACAAACAGAUCUGGAAAAGAUGCUGUAGGGUCCUACUUUUAGAAUUCUUUGCAUCAUCCCACGGGAAAGCCUUGAAUUGAAAUCUGCCAAGCGACGUCGCACAGUGUCCGCGGGGACAACAUCAAUUCUCGCGCCAACGCAACUAGCACUUUGAUCUUUGAAGGCUCGCCAAUCCAAAGUCCCUGCGUCGACGGCCACGAAUUUGCCGACACCCACGCGCGCGCACACAAAGUCUUCCUUUCCACCGACGGUAGAGUUGAAUUAAUUUGAGCCUUCAAUCUCGAAGAAUUACGGUGGGCGUACAGUACAACUGUGGAAGUACUUUUUUCUCUUCUACUUUUACUUUGUUUCUUAAAAUAAAGCGAUAGAAGCAAGCGGCAAGUCUGAAGUCUCUGGCUGGAGCGAUUUGACAAGUGAUAUUUAAUGAAUCGUCUGUAUAGUAAAGUGAAAUUUUAUACUUAUAAUUUAUUUUUCUUUAACAUAAUUGAAAAUACAAAUAUUGAAGAUAGCUAAGGAUAUUCAUCUCAAAUCUGAAAUCCCCUAUCAAUAUCUAUGAUUCUUGUAAUUAAAGCUCCCUAAUCAAACAAACUCUAUGGUGUGCCUCGCCACACCGAAUCAUCACGAUUGAUGUUCAACAAAGGCGUAGACAAGGGGACCAUCUCCGCCGUGCCCAAAUCUCGAUGAUUUUUUCCCUCCAACAGUUAAAAAAAAAAAAAAUUCCGCUUUGCGGCUCCCAAUAACAUUUUUCAUGUUUUCUUAUUGUCCCAAAUACAAUAAACUUGGUUAAAAAGACUUGAGACUUCGUUGAUUCCCAAAACUCAAGGAUUAAUCCUGUUUCGUCCACUUCCCACUCCGUUUUUGUGAUUUUCGCACUCUGCAGAGUCCUAUGGGGCUUCUUCUGGGGCUGGCUUUCUUGGUUCUUCUGCUCUGGGUUGCUGCCGUUGAAGGUUCUGACAGCCUCCUCUCUCCCAAGGGUGUUAACUAUGAAGUGGCUGCGUUGAUGUCUAUGAAGAGUAAAAUGACAGAUGAACGCCACGUGCUUGAUGGCUGGGAUAUAAAUUCUGUUGAUCCCUGCACUUGGAACUUGGUUGCUUGCUCUCCUGAAGGCUUUGUGGUUUCCCUUGAAAUGGCCAGUACGGGUUUGUCAGGUACACUUUCGCCGAGUAUUGGAAACUUGAGCCACCUUCAGACAAUGUUAUUGCAAAACAACCAAUUGUCUGGUUCUGUUCCAUCUGAGAUUGGGAAACUUUCAGAAUUGGUAACCCUUGACCUUUCUGGUAAUCAGCUCAGUGGUGAAAUUCCAAGCUCUUUGGGUUUCUUGACCUGUCUAAAUUACUUUUGCAGGCGACUUAGCAGGAACAAUUUAUCUGGACAGAUUCCUGGACCUGUUGCAAAUCUUACAGGUCUAUCAUUCUUGGACUUGUCAUUUAAUAACCUCAGCGGUCCUACUCCAAAAAUACUGGCUAAAGGCUACAGUAUUACGGGGAACAGCUUUCUCUGCUCUUCAUCUUCAGCACAAAUUUGCAUGAAUGGUGCAAAGCCUGUCAAUGUCACAUUUUCAGAUCGGAAAGGUAGCAAUCACCGUCGAUGGGUUAUAUCGGCUGUGGUAGGAGUCAGUUGCACAUUUGUGGUUUCUGUCAUGCUGCUUGUCUGUUGGGUGCAUUGGUACAGAUCUCGCCUUCUAUUUACAUCAUAUGUGCAGCAGGAUUAUGACUUUGAUAUUGGUCAUCUGAAGAGAUUUUCAUUCCGGGAACUGCAAAUUGCUACGAGCAAUUUCAGUCCUAAAAACAUCUUAGGACAAGGUGGAUAUGGAGUUGUCUAUAAAGGAUAUCUUCCAAACAGGACAAUUGUGGCAGUCAAAAGGCUGAAGGAUCCAAAUUUUACUGGAGAAGUCCAGUUUCAGACUGAAGUCGAGAUGAUAGGCUUGGCUUUGCACCGGAACCUUCUGCGUUUAUAUGGCUUCUGCAUGACAGCUAAUGAGAGGCUACUUGUUUAUCCUUAUAUGCCAAAUGGAAGUGUUGCUGAUCGCUUAAGAGAUACUGGGCGGGAGAAGCCAUCUUUGGAUUGGAACAAGCGCAUGCAUAUUGCCCUUGGUGCUGCCCGUGGACUUCUCUACUUACAUGAGCAAUGCAAUCCAAAAAUAAUUCACAGGGAUGUGAAAGCUGCAAACAUUCUUCUUGAUGAUAGCUUUGAAGCAGUAGUUGGGGAUUUUGGCCUGGCUAAGCUGUUAGAUCUGAGAGACUCACAUGUCACAACUGCAGUGCGGGGUACUGUCGGACACAUUGCACCAGAAUAUCUUUCAACUGGGCAAUCUUCUGACAAAACUGAUGUCUUUGGAUUUGGCAUACUGCUUUUGGAACUCAUAACAGGACAAAAGGCAUUAGAUGCAGGAAAUGGUCAAGUUCAGAAGGGAAUGAUCCUUGAAUGGGUUCGAACCUUGUAUGAGGAGAAAAGACUGGAGGUGCUGGUGGAUAGGGAUCUGAAGGGAUGUUUUAGUGCUGAAGAGCUAGAAAAAACAGUAGAACUCGCCUUGGAUUGUACUCGAUCAAGUCCCAACCUCAGGCCAAAGAUGUCACAGGCUUUGAAGGUCCUAGAAAGUAUUGCUGGGCAACCCGGACAAAUGGAGGAAUCACAUGGUGGAAACAACAUCGAGGGUCGAACUUGUAGUUUCGCAAGAAACUACAUUGAUGUCCAUGAAGAGUCUUCAUUCAUUAUGGAACCCAUUGAGCUUUCUGGGCCCAGGUGACAAUGCAGUUUUCCUUAUGCAGGUUGUUCAUGUUCAGAAUCAACAUAGCAUAUAGACCUUUUUUUCUUCCCGCUGAUAAUGGAGCAAGACUAGCAUAUCAGUCCACCAUGUACAGGGUAGACACUGUCUGAAAAACAAUGCCAAGUGUAUAUGUUUAGACGAAACAAAUUUCUCCAAGGGAUUAGCACACUGAAUGUAUUUUGAGGUAGUUCCAACUAUAAUUGGGAAAAUUUUUGGCAACUAAUACAAAACUAACUCAUGACAUGCUUGUUGAGUGUAACACAAGGGUUCCUCACGUGUAAGAAGCAAGUACUCACAACAAUAGAUAUAUCCAAUGCUGUCACUUUGCUUCUGUUUAUAUGCAUGUGAUCAAGGGGUGGUUAGAAUAAGAUGUUAGCAAUAAGUAGUUGCCCUAAGUUGUGUUCAGCCAUGGAUAAGAAAGGCCGAAUGAUAUCAAUCUGGUUUGUUUGGUUGGUUGGUGCGUGCAAAACCAUUUGGCACCACACAUCCCUAGAUGGUGGAUGAUGUUGCUAACUUUUGUGUAUGGGGUGGACAAUCAUUUGUCCUUAUUGAAGGGUCAGUGCUUCCUCCAUUUGAAGGGAACAGAUUGGGUUUCAGUCACUUGGUGAGAUAUCUACUCGCUAGAGAUGAAUCACAUUCAGAUUUUUAAACAAUUGUUCCAAGCAUUUCUUCAACUCUCUUUUAAGCCUCAAACUUGCCCGUAUCUACCUCCUAAUAUUCAAUGUAUAAUUAUGAUAUCACAAUUCAGUUGUAUCUUAUCAUGCGUGAGUUUUAUACGCGACAGCGAUAGAGAAUAAUUUAUGAUCGUAUAAUUCGAGCAAUUGUAUACUUAAUAGUGAGUUGAGUCGUAUUAAUGGUCAAGAGUAUGUCAUCCAAUGAGGAUGCCGUUUCCGCCACUCAAGGCAUCGCAACAGUAGUUAGUUCGUUUACUUCAUUCAGAUCAUUCCCUCUACUUCUUCUCUUGCAAUUAUGACCUUAAAACCCACUUUUGAAGUAAAUUCAACACCCUCCACAUGAUGUUCGGUAAUAUUUUUGUCUAGAAUGACGACAGGUAGCCAAAUGCAGCUGCUAAUGGGUUUAGAAGACAUUUUUGCCCCCUCGGCAACUUCUGCCGCUACCAUGUUCGUAACCCUUUAUAUCCCAAUUUUUAGUAUCACGCUCACGGGAUAUCACAAUCCAACAUACCCCUCUUACCCAUAGUUUGGGUGAAGUGACAAGGGCAAAUGAAGCGCCUGGAAGCGAAGCAAAUGGAAGGCCUUUCCGACAAAGCAAGAUGUAGACGAAGUAACAAACAGAUGGGGCGCACAUAGCUUACAAGUGCACUCCUGGCUGUUCCUUAUUGGAUAAGAGAAAGGGUCAAUCGUUAUUCCGUCCUCGCUUUUUUAUGAUUAUCUUUUUAGACAGGGAGUAGUUGAAUCAAGAAAGAAAAGGCAAACCCUCCGAUUUACUGAAGAAAAGCACAUUUUUGUGCGACCAUGUGGCGGGUGUGAACGGCCAAUCUCUGCGUUGAUGGGAAGGAUUUAGUUGCUCCCUGGUUAGGUGAUCUUAUUCCUCGGAGGAGGAAAAGGAGUCAUGGGCGAUGAAUCGAGUGAUGGGCAGGUAAUUGAUGUGGAAGUGAAACCAGUUGAUUUGGGCAAUCCAGGGAAUUGUAAGAGUCCGAGGAAUUCAAUUGAUCAGAAUCAUCGUGGUGUUUCUCAGACUGUAAUUGUGAUGAAAUCUGAUGAGGAAGGGGAAAGCAGGAAUGGACAUUCAAAUGGGCAUUCAGAUGUGUUGAGGAAAAUAAAGGACUCAAAAGAGGAUAAAAAAUCUUGUGUUAUUGAUGUCAACUGUGGCGUAAAUAGACAAUUUGGCGAGAAGUUGGAUGGGGAAAGGGUUUGUAGGAUUUGCCAUUUGAGUUCUGAUCCCUCGGCAUCCGAAACACCACCACGACUGGUGACAACUGCUACUACUAGUGUCACUCCGGUGACGGAUGCCAAAGAUGGUUUGAUGCAGCUUGGUUGUGGAUGUAAAGAUGACCUCGGGAUUGUGCAUUCAACUUGUGCAGAAACCUGGUUUAAGCUUAAAGGGUACAGGCAGUGUGAAAUUUGUGGUGAGACGGCAAGAAAUGUUACAGGUGUUGGCGAUUACAGAUUUAUUGAAGAGUGGACUGAGCCAAGCAGAUCUCAUGCUAUCGCUAUUAACUUGCCUGAUGGGCGUAGAAGGUGUUGCCGGGGGAAGCCAUUUUGUAACUUCCUCAUGGCAUGCCUGCUAAUAGCCUUCGUGCUGUCGUGGUUCUUCCGUGUAAAUAUGUUAUGAUAGAAGCAAGUAAGGAUUGUUGCCGAACCUCCUAAUGAUUCACGAGGAGGAGGUGCCAUUGGAUGAUAAUUUAGGCAACCUCUUUGGUUCUGAUGCGAUGGACGAAGGGUCAGGUCCAAAUACCAAAGUUGUUGCUGCGCCUGUUUAUGGACUCUGGCUUGGAAUUGGCAUAGAUUUUCUUACUGCAGGUAGGAUAGACGGUUAGAUAAAAAUUAGCUUGGAAUUUCGUGUCUUCUCUUCUCUUCCCCCUUUUAUUGUUUCCUUCUCAAGCCUCCAGCAUCUUUGCACUUCACUAGGCAUAUUGUAAUGGAAUUCAUAUCUGUUUAUGGAUACUCUGUGUUGGGACUCUUA